UAAAACUCAACAAAGCUAAAAUCUCUAUAUAACCGUCUACUGAUCCUACUCUGUAUCUGACGAUCUCUGUUCUCAGAAACCAAUCGAUCUCUCAUGGCCGCCUCUCUCAAGGGCAACAAUAGGCGCUCUCUGGCCAUGGAGAGGACAGGCCAAUGGGUUUUCUCUCAAGAGAUUCCUACUGAUGUGGUAGUUGAAGUUGGAGAGGCCAAUUUCUCUCUUCACAAGUUCAUGCUAGUGGCGAAGAGCAACUACAUCAGAAAACUGAUAAUGGAAUCGAAAGAAGCAGAUUUAACGAAUAUUGAUCUCUCCGACAUACCUGGAGGGCCUGAGAUCUUUGAGAAAGCUGCAAAGUUCUGUUAUGGCGUCAAUUUUGAGAUUACAGUUCACAACGUCGCGGCUCUCCGUUGUGCUGCAGAGUAUCUCCAGAUGACCGACAAGUACUGCGACGGCAACCUGUCCGGACGGACGGAGGAUUUCCUCAAACAAGUUGCCUUGACCAGCCUUUCUGGCGCCGUCGUGGUUUUGAAGUCCUGCGAAGAUCUUCUCCCUAAGGCGGAAGAGCUUAAGAUCGUUCAAAGAUGCGUUGAUGUUGCAAGCACAAAGGCUUGUAAUGAAGCAAAUUUCCCCAGUCGUUCGCCUCCUAACUGGUGGACAGAGGAGCUUUCAAUUUUGGACAUCGGGUUCUUCGAGAAAAUCAUAGCUGCCAUGAAAUUACGCGGCGCGAAAUCCCUAACUGUAGCCAGCGCACUGAUCACGUACACAGAGAGAACGCUCCGAGAUCUCGUCCGAGACCACACCGGUAACGGCAUCAGGUCGUCGGACAACGAGGAUUCCAACCUUAGAAGUCGGCAGCGGGAGCUUCUAGAGGCGAUCGUCGUACUCUUACCCUCCGAGAGAGCAGCGCUCCCUAUAAACUUCCUCUGCUGUCUUCUUCGCUCCGCGAUCUUCUUAAAAGUAGCCCAUACUUGUAAGAACGAGCUCGAGAAACGGAUCUCGGCGAUCUUAGAGCACGUAACCGUCGACGAUCUCUUGGUCCUGUCGUUCACCUACGACGGCGAGAGGCUCUUCGACCUGGACAGCGUUAGAAGAAUUAUAUCAGGAUUCGUGGAGAAGGAGAAGAGCGUGGCUGUCUUCAACGGUGGAGAUUUCCAGGAGGUUUGUUCCACCGCGAUGCAGAGAGUCGCCAAGACUGUAGACGCGUACCUAGGGGAGAUUGCCACGCACGGAGAGCUCAGCAUAUGCAAAUUCAACGGCAUCGCUAAUCUAGUGCCCAAGGACGCCAGAAAGGUGGACGACGACCUGUAUCGCGCCAUUGAUAUCUUCCUCAAGGCACAUCCGAACCUGGACGAGAUCGAGAGGGAGAAGGUAUGCAGCGUGAUGGAUCCACUGAAACUCUCGUACGAAGCUCGAGUCCACGCUUCGCAGAACAAGCGGCUGCCGGUGCAGAUCGUUCUGCACGCCCUCUACUACGAUCAGCUGAAGCUCAGGAGCGGCGCCGACGAUGCCCACGACGCCAUGAGCACGAGGAGCCAUUUGCAGGCGGACGUGUCGCUGGUGAGAGAGAACGAGGCGCUGAGGUCGGAGCUGAUGAAGAUGAAGAUGUACAUCUCCGACAUACAGAAGAAUUCUUCGGCCGCCGGUGGGAAGGGAUUAGGCGGUGGUUCAAAGAAGCCCACGUUUUUCUCGUCCAUGUCCAAGACAUUAGGAAAGCUGAAUCCCUUCCGGCAUGGAUCCAAGGACACUUCCAACAUUGAUGACGUGACGGCGGUCGAUGUUACCAAGCCCAGAAGAAGAAGGUUCUCCAUCUCCUAAUCCACUUUUGAAGGAGCAUCUACUUCUAAUCCCGCUUUAAUUCAUUUUAAUUGUGUGCUUUGGUUUGUUACUCAAAUCUCAUUUGUUUUGAUUCUGUAUUUUAUAUGUUAGGGAAUUGAAUUGUUGUUUGCGUGACUUUGAUUUAAACAGUCAAAGUUGAAGUUGUAAUCAAGUGAUUUUGUAUAAUAAAUAGAUUGCAUUCUCUCCCUUCGAUUUCAA